ACGAUGGGGAACUGCUAUCCUCAUUUAUAGAAUGACAGAACAAUUUGGAUAAAUGGCGAUUUUCAAAAGGAAACUGUACCAGCUAUGUUUUCUGUUUUUUGUUUUGUUUAUUCCACUAUCAGGUGUUUUUUGUUUCAGUGAACUCUCCUUCAUCAUCGAGCCCAGUGAUAUUACAGUGAUAUCCAAGGAUCCAGUGGUCCUGGACUGUGUGGCCCACGGACAGCCUCCCAUCGUCAUCAGAUGGCUGAGGAAUGGAGUCAGGCUAGCUGAGAGCGAGCGGCUUCAGUUCCUGUCCAAUGGCUCACUGUACAUACUGGAGGCCAGGAGAGAUGGAGAAGGGUCGGACGGAGGGUUUUAUCAGUGCCUCUCCCAGAACAAAUAUGGAGCCAUCCUAAGCCAAAGAUCCCGCCUGACUAUCGCAAAUAUCUCACCAUUCGUGGUGCAGCCCGUGCCUUUGGAGGUGACCGAAGGUUCCGUGGCCAGGUUCACCUGCCAGGUGACCUCUAACCCUCCUGCCACCAUCACCUGGGAGCUAGACCAAAGCACACUACCGUUGGAGACAGACAGAAUCACAGUCCUGCCCAACGGAGCUCUCCAGAUUCAAAACGUCCAACUAGAGGAUGCUGGGAAGUACCGUUGUGUGGCCACCAACAUCGGCAACCGCGUCAAGAGUAGAAAGGCAACGCUCUCCGUCAUCAACCAAGGUUCUGGCCCUAAACCACGUCAGAGGCCCCGGAUCAUAGCGGGCCCCCAAAACAUGACUGCUUCCCUCCACUACACCGUGGUCCUGGAGUGUUUUGCUACGGGCAACCCCAGACCCAUCAUCUCCUGGAGCCGGGCCGACAGUAAACCCAUCGACGUGUUCAAUGCCAGGGUGCUGGGCAGUGGAAACCUGGUGAUCAGUGAUGUGAAGCCUCAGCACAGUGGAGUCUACCUCUGUAGAGCCACCACCCCAAGAACACGCAACUACACCAUCGCUACUGCCAACCUCACCGUGCUCGAGCCCCCAUCACUGGUGGAGAGACCCGAGAGCCAGACCCGUCCCAGGGCUGGCACUGCCCGCUUCGUGUGCCAGGCUCAGGGGGUGCCCCCGCCACGCAUCACCUGGCUGAAGAACGGAGAGGAGGUGCACCUGAACGGCAGGAUCAAGAUGUACAACAGUAAACUGGUGAUCACUCAGAUCACAACGGAGGAUGAUGCCAUCUACCAGUGUGUGGCGGAGAACGAACAGGGCAGCGUUCUGUCCCUGGCACGCCUCAUCGUGGUGAUGUCUGAGGACCGGCCCAGCACUCCCAGGAACAUCCACGCUGAAACCAUCUCCUCCUCAGCCAUCCUACUGGCCUGGGAGAGACCCAUCUACAACGCUGACAAAGUCAUCGCUUAUUCUGUUCACUACAUGAAGGCUGAAGGCCUAAACAAUGAGGAAUACCAGGUGGUGAUUGGCAACGACACGACCAGCUACAUUAUAGAUGACCUGGAGCCAGCCUGGAACUACUCUUUCUACAUGGUGGCCUAUAUGCCGAUGGGAGCUAGCCGUAUGUCUGACCAAGUCUGUCAACACACUCUGGAGGACGUGCCCCUGCGUACCCCAGAGCUCAGCCUGACCAGCCACAGCCCUACAGACAUCCAGGUUUUGUGGCAGCCUCUACCAACCAAACUGUCCCGUGGGCACAUCUGGGCCUAUCGUCUGUCCUACCGUACAGCUGCAGACGACAUGGUUCUGUCUGUGGAGCUGGCCCAAAACAACACCCAGUACCUCCUGGGAGACCUUCAGCCUGAUACCGUCUACCUGCUCCGGAUCGCUGCAGCCACCAGGGUGGGGUGGUGUGAACCCUCCUCCUGGACCUCCCACCGCACUCCCAAAACCUCCAGCAUCAAAGUGCCACCUGCCCCACUGCUGCAGCAACUGGAGCCUCUCAACUGCACCUCCAUCUUGGUUCGAUGGCAGCCAUCUCCAGGCUCCGUGGUCGUCCAGGGUUACCGGCUCUGUUACCAUGAGGGUCAACCAGAACAGCCCUGCAUCCAGCUCCAGCCUGAGGACACAGAAUAUACCAUCAGUGGUCUGGACCCAAGGCGGAAGUACCAGGUGAAACUGUUGGCAUUAAGCCUCGUAGGAGAUGGUUACCAGGCCGACCAGACUCUCAGCACCCCAGGAUGUGUAUCAAUCCGAGAUCACCCGGUGGCCCAGCCUCCAGCCCCGGACCAUGUGAGUGCGGUGGUUAACAGCUCGUCGGCGGUGUACCUGCGUUGGAGCCGUCCUGCCUUCUCCUCUAGGAAGGUUGUUAGCUACACAGCUCGCUGUACACCUGUGGGCCUGAUGAACGUAUCAGCCAUACGCUACAUACAGACUACCAAUCAGAAUGUGGUGAUACAGGGUCUGGAACCCAACACACGCUAUGAGUUAGUGGUGCGUCUCCAUGCCGACCAGCUGUCCAGUCCCUGGAGUUCUGUUGUCCAUCAGAGGACCCUUCCUGCAGCGCCCAGUCGUCCACCUGAAGGUGUGAAGGUGUCUCUGAUUGAGGACGGCACAGCCCUGGUUUCCUGGAGGGAACCAGAGGAGAACAACCUGGCAGUGACGCACUACACCAUCCUGUACGCCUCACAGAGGGCCUGGCUGGCCGGACACUGGCAAACACUGCAGAGAGAUGGAAGUAACACCAUGAUCCUGCUGGAGCGUCUGGAGCCUGGUAACGUCUACCUGGUGAAGAUAUCUGCCUCCAACCUGAUGGGAGACGGGCCCUUCUCUACCACUGUGGAGCUGGCCCUGGGGCCCGGGCCUAGACACAGAGGGAAGAGCCCCAGGCAUUCAGACAGCGGAUCCUCCUCAGACACUUCAGUGUUCUCUGAUGGCCAGUACCACAUGGACCAGAAGUCCAUGACAGGCCUCAUGGUGGGGGUCUGCAUCACUCUGGCUUGUAUCGCCAUCUGUGCCCUCAUCCUCAUCAACAAAGGCAGAUCCAGGAAAUCGUCCAUCUGUAAGAUCAUGGACGUAGUGAACGGUGAGAGACCCCAUGGUCCACAUGCUGGUUUGGCCCUGGCCAAUGACCACCAGGCUGACAACAUAGAGGCCCUGAUGCCUGUGAUGGCACAACACUUCAUUGAUGCCAAGGGUGGUUCUAACCUGGUGAUUAGUAGAACAGGUCCAGUCAAUGGCAGCAACCGCGGUAAGAGAUGGCAAUUCUUCAAGAGGGAGAGACGUAAUACAAAUACAAGCCAGGCUGAGAACAGAGUGUGUCUGUACGAGGCAGGGAAGACCGUGCUGUGUUACGAGGAAAAGGUAGACGCUCCGCCCCUCCAGCCUUCCAGCCUGCAGAUCCUGUUUGGACCACUAGGGGGCUUACAGCGCUCCGUGGGUAGCAGUCGGGGAAGCAGCUCUGGGACCACUGAGACCAGCGAAGGAAGCCACGAGACAGGAGACUCCGGUCACGAGAGUGAGAAUGAGUAACCCGUCCUGUAAUUCCAGCCAUCCAUCCUUCGGGUCAGAGUUGGAUGACAGCUCAACUCCAGAGGAUGAAGAGUGUUUUAGAAGUGGAGGAAGAAGGAAAUCCUUGUUUUUAAAGUGGAAUCUGAGGUGACGACACCAAGCACAACCCUUACCAUCAUCACCAUCGCCUCCACCGGCCUGAUCAUGACACUGUCCAGCGGUCGUCACGUCCCUGUUCCCUCUCGGCUGAGGAAUUAUCCUGUCCAGGCCCCCGUCCAGUCAGCAGGCUCCUCCUGAUGAUAGACUACCCAGCCUGAAUGUGACUUAUCUACAGCUGAAGCUGCCCCCCCUUCUUGGCCUCCUGAAAACAGGUCCUUGGGCAUGGAACAUACGAGGAGUUAUGAAGAGGGAUCAGGAAGUUGAAGAUUGAGGAGGAAACAGGGGUUUUCUUCAGGUCUAAAUGAAUGUUGUUUUCCUGUUUCAUUUUGAGCUCAUUUUCAGUCUGUCUGGUUUUCGUCUGUGUGUCUGUUCGGUCUUUAGGACUGUUUUUUUUAACACAGAUCAAGCCUUGCCCUGGAUUGGUGAUAGGUAGGUUAUGGUAUCCUGAAAAGCAUGUUGAGUGAUAUUCUCCAUUCAAAGUGGCUUCUUUGUACAGGACCCGGCUUAGUCUGUGUCCAGGGGGAAAUGAGUCCUUAAUGUCUGUUCUAAACCAAAGCUCACACCAAAAAUGAAUGUUCAAAAGAAUGUAAAAAAAAAAAAGUAUUGCUUUUGUGAUACAUUUUCUAAUAUGUUAAUAUAGAUUUAUUUCUUCCUCUGAAGUAGAGGGUGUAGUUGGUGACCCCUCAUUGCUGAUUGUCUACCUCAGUGACUCUGAUUUGUAUAUAGUGCUACCUCAUCUUAACGGAAUAUUGUGCAGUACUGUAUAUAGUGCUACCUCAUCUUAACAGUAUAUUGUGCAGUACUGUAUAUAGUACUACCUCAUCGUAACAGUAUAUUGUGCAAUAUUUCCCCAUAACUCAGGGAAUGAAGUUGAAAACAUUUAAAAGCCAUUUCUUCUUACCUGCAUUAAUAUCCUGCAGGAAUUAUUUAGGCUUAAUUUGUUUUGAAGAUUUGUGAAAAUUCAUUUUUUAAUUAUUAGAUUUUUUUUUUUACAAGGUUGGAAAAGCUUUUAAGUUUUGAAUGAUGAGUCUUUUCAGUAGAGUUCUACUAUUUAAGUGCAUUCGAUAUCAUCCUUCUCUAUUUGAGUAAGAUAAAGUAACCAAAAAUAAACAUUCAACUGGCAUUUCCAGUGCACCCGACCUUAAAAGCUUUAAAAUGGCCUUAUAACGUGGAAAAGGGCUCUGCAGAUGGUCUUAGAUAUAGAGAUCCAAAGAAAUGGCCGUAUAACGUGGAAAAGGGCUUUGCAGAUGGUCGUAGAUAUAGAGAUCCAAAGAAAUGGCCUUAUAACGUGGAAAAGGGCUUUGCAGAUGGUUGUAGAUAUAGAGAUCCAAAGAAAUGGCCGUAUAACGUGGAAAAGGGCUUUGCAGAUGGUCGUAGAUAUAGAGAUCCAAAGAAAUGGCCGUAUAACGUGGAAAAGGGCUUUGCAGAUGGUCGUAGAUAUAGAGAUCCAAAGAAAUGGCCUCAUAACGUGGAAAAGGGCUUUGCAGAUGGUCGUAGAUAUAGAGAUCCAAAGAAAUGGCCUCAUAACGUGGAAAAGGGCUUUGCAGAUGGUCGUAGAUAUAGAGAUCCAAAGAAAUGGCCGUAUAACGUGGAAAAGGGCUUUGCAGAUGGUCGUAGAUAUAGAGAUCCAAAGAAAUGGCCGUAUAACGUGGAAAAGGGCUUUGCAGAUGGUCGUAGAUAUAGAGAUCCAAAGAAAUGGCCUUAUAACGUGGAAAAGGGCUCUGCAGAUGGUCGUAGAUAUAGAGAUCCAAAGAAAUGGCCGUAUAACGUGGAAAAGGGCUUUGCAGAUGGUCGUAGAUAUAGAGAUCCAAAGAAAUGGCCUUAUAACGUGGAAAAGGGCUUUGCAGAUGGUCGUAUAUAUAGAGAUCCAAAGAAAUGGCCUUAUAACGUGGAAAAGGGUUUGCAGAUGGUCGUAGAUAUAGAGAUCCAAAGAAAUGGCCGUAUAACGUGGAAGAGGGCUUUGCAGAUGGUCUUAGAUAUAGAGAUCCAAAGAAAUGGCCGUAUAACGUGGAAAAGGGCUUUGCAGAUGGUCGUAGAUAUAGAGAUCCAAAGAAAUGGCCUUAUAACGUGGAAAAGGGCUUUGCAGAUGGUCGUAUAUAUAGAGAUCCAAAGAAAUGGCCGUAUAACGUGGAAAAGGGCUCUGCAGAUGGUCUUAGAUAUAGAGAUCCAAAGAAAGAGUUGUUCGCCUAUAAGUAAACAAAACCUCAACAACCAACAACAACAAAUUCUACAUGCAAUAGGCAAACAGACUAUGCCAAAAUCAUGGGUUCCAUGUACAACCGUUUCCACAGAGUUUUACACGGAACUCAAAAGGGUUCUACCUGGAACCCAAAAGGGUUAACCUAUAAGGACAGCCAAAGAACCCCUGUGAAACCCUUUCUCCUAAGAGUGUAUGUCUAUUCCUCUUUGAGUCGAAUGCAUUUCUUAUUGUACAUUUCAAGACGAGUUUUAUACCUGGUUGAAAGCUUUAACUCUUUGUCUUUCAGACGAUUGUUCUCCGUUUGCAUUCUAUCUAAAUCUCUGAUACUAAACGCAGCAGUGACACAGAUGUCCCACUGAGCAAAAACUGAUUCAAUCAAUGUUGUUUCCACGUCAUUUCAACGUGAUAACAUUGAAUCAACGUGAAAAACGGAUUGGAUUUGGAAAAAAAGUCAUCACUGUAAAGAGAAUUUUAAUAUUUUUUCAGCUUUUAACCGAAGUCCAAUGACAUGGCAACAUUUGUUUGUUUGUUGAUUUCAUGUUAGUUGACAACUCAACCAGAUGUAAUUCAAAACUAGACGUUGAACUGACGUCUGUGCCCAGUGGGGUGCUAUCAGAUGCCUUCUAUCUAGAUCAUUGAUGCUAAAAUCAGCGGUGACACAGAUGUGCUAUGAGAUGCCAAAGAGUCCUUCAGAUAGAUCAGAUGGGAGUACUUCAGAUUGAUCCUUGGAAUGAUGUCAUUUGAAGCCAGGGUUGGGAUCUGUUCCAUUUCAAAUGUCAAUUAUGGGAGUAAACUGACAUUCCAAUGCCUUUUCAAUGAGCAAAGUUGGCAUUUAGAAUUUUUGUUAACUUCCAGAAUUGAUUGAAUUGGAAUGGAAUUGAGUACAACCCUGAUAGUAUUUGCUACUCACACAGGACCAAAGAAUCCAGUCAGUGUAUUAACAGUGAUAGUAGGUGGAUGUUUUUUUUCCAGGGGAUUUUUCAUCCAUCAACCAGAUUCUAACCUGGCAACUACGAUAUUCGGUAUUCUAACCUGGCUAUUACUCUAUUCUAUAUUUCAGUGUGACAAUACGACAAGGAUUGUGACUAUCAAAUCGAUAAUGACUGCGUGAAGAGCAACAUAAUCAAGCUUUAUAUCUUUGAAAAGCAAUUCAUCUUAACCAAAGAAUAAUUUAAAGUCAUCAUUGUUUAUUCAUUAGUUCUUUGGUUUUAAUUGUUUUUUUACAUAACAGUAUCUGCAUAAUGUGAUAUGUAUCUAGGAUUUCGAUUCACUGGAAAGGGCAUUUUAUAGUCGAUUCUUUGUGGUGCCAAGUUCCUUUUUUAAAAAUUUUUAGAGCAGCUUGAGAGGUCAAAAAAUUGUUCCGUUUAGUUGUCGAUAUGAUUGUUGUUCAAGAGAUUUCACCUUAAAGAACAUAAAAGUUAACUUUGGGACUUUUAAAACAUUUAUUAUUGUUUUGUUCUUUUAGGAUCAUUUGAUUUUUUUAUUUUAUUAACGCAUAUUUUUCAUAGAUGGAUAUAAGAAAAGAUUGGGCUAUUUUCCCUCUGUCUGUGUUCUCAAAGCCUGUGCCAGUGGCAGGUUAGUCAGUGAGCCUGUUGCCAUUUGCCAUUGCAGGACACCAAUUGAACAUUUUGAAUGUGUUGCUUAUUUUUAUUAUUUGGCAAAUUUUUUGUUAUAAUUUCCUGCUUUUGUAAUGCAUAUUUACCAUAUCAUUUUGUAUUUUUUUCUCUCAAUUGUUAAAACAAAGGUGUUUCUGUGUUACAAUGCACAAGCCAAACUGUUUGGUCCUCUCAAGAUUGUCUCAUCAUUUGAAUAAAACUGUUCCUGAAAAACUA